AUGGCAAACAAAAUGACUUGUUUUCUUGGUUACAUUGCUGUACUGAGCUUACUAUUUGCAAGAUCAACCUUUAGUGCAGAAACUGCUCCUUCAUGCCCGGAUGUGGUAUCAUAUACUGCCCCUUGUUUACCGUACAUUUCACACACAUCUCCUUCGCCUUCAGAUAUUUGUUGCACUGGGGUUCAGAAUGUGGCGAACAUGGCUAUGACCCAUGAUAACCAGGUCUCCAUUUGCAGUUGUUUGAAGACUGAAAUGGCUGCCUUUACUUAUGAUCCUGCUCUUGUUGCUUCUCUGCCUAGCAAAUGCGCAGUCAACCUCAAUUUCCCUCCAAUCAGCUCAGACACCGACUGCUCCAAGUAAUCAUUUCUUUUAUUGCAUCCCAUUCUGUUAUUUUUGCCGUUGUCAGAAGUUUCUUACU